CGGCCCACCGUCGUUUUCUCUUCGCCCCUUCUUCCCCCUCUUCUCUUUAGCCUCUCAUAAGAGGCGGAAUAAACAUUUCAAUUGCGGAGAAUAACGCUUUGCCUCCAAUCCCAAUUCUCUUUUAUUAAGGAAGAGGAGGAGGAGGAGGAGGAGGAGGAGGAGGAGAAUAAGCUUCCAUUCCCUUCUUCGGGGGUAAAAAAAGAAAAAAAAUAAAAUAAAAGAAGGGUCUUUCUCAUGGCUCUAAAGAGACCCUCUUCUCUCUUGUCUCCUAUUAUCUUCUUCUCUCUUGUUUCUCAUCUAUGCAAUUUUGAUACCCGAGCUUCGGCAACGGGCGUGCUCAAGGUGCAGCACAAGUUCGUCGGCCGGAACCGCACGAUCCUCGACCUCCGCGCCCACGACAGCCGGCGCCGCGGCCGCAUCCUCGCCUCCGCCGACCUCCCCCUCGGCGGCCUCGGCCUCCCGACCGACACAGGGCUCUACUACACUCAAAUUGGGAUCGGAACGCCAUCCAACAGCUACUACGUGCAGGUCGACACGGGGAGCGACAUCCUCUGGGUGAAUUGCAUCUCGUGCGAUCGGUGCCCUAAAAAGAGUGAUCUUGGGAUCAAAUUGACACUGUAUGAUCCGAAACGGUCGGAAAGUGGGAGUUUAGUAUCAUGCAAGGAGAGCUUUUGCGCGUCAACAUACGGCGGCGAGCUUCCGGGAUGCCUUGCAAACAUUCCAUGCCAAUACAGUGUUAUGUAUGGUGAUGGGAGCUCGACGACUGGGUUCUUUGUGACGGAUAAUGUACAGUAUGACCAAAUAACAGGUGAUCACGAAACAAAACAAGUCAAUGCCAGUGUCACAUUUGGGUGUGGUGCUCGGCAGUCUGGGGAUUUGGGUUCAUCAAGUGAAGCUCUUGAUGGAAUUCUUGGUUUUGGGCAGUCAAAUUCGUCCAUGAUAUCGCAGCUAGCUUCCUCUGGAAAAGUGAGUAAGGUGUUUGCUCAUUGCUUAGAUAGUAUACAUGGAGGUGGCAUUUUUGCUAUAGGACAUGUGGUGCAGCCAAAAGUGAAGACAACACCAUUGGUACCUAAUCAGCCACAUUACAAUGUCCAUUUGAAGGCAAUUGAAGUUGGUGGUGCUAUUUUACAACUUCCAACUGAUCUUUUUGAAACUGGAGCAAGGAAAGGAACAAUUAUUGACAGUGGUACAACUUUGUCUUAUCUUCCAGAGGAGGCAUAUAAACCACUAAUGAGUGCAGUAUUUACUAAUCAUCAAGAUUUGAGCUUCCAAACCAUUCAGGACUUUCUAUGUUUCCAAUAUGCAGGAAGUGUAGAUGAUGGAUUUCCAGCUGUUGUCUUUCAUUUUGAGAACUCGCUUUCACUAAAUGUGUAUCCACAUGAUUAUCUUUUUCAAAAUGAGGAUAAUGUGUACUGCAUCGGGUUUCAAAAUGGAGGAUUGCAAUCUAAGGAUGGGAAGGAUAUGUUUCUUUUGGGAGAUCUCGUCCUUUCAAACAAAUUAGUUCUUUAUGACUUGGAGAAUGAAGUGAUUGGUUGGACUGAAUACAACUGCUCCUCAAGCAUCAAGAUUCGGGACGACAAGACCGGAGCUGUUUAUACAGUUGGUGCUCAUAUUUUAUCAUCCGCACAAAGAUUGGAAUUUGGAAUAAAGAUUCUAUUGUUUUUGCUGACAGUAUUUAUCAGUUGUUUAGCUCAUUAAUUAGUCUUCAAUGAUUCAUAACAAUCCUUUGAUGGAUUUGCUUCUUCAUCUAUAUUCUCUUUUUUUUUUUAUAGCAAAUGAGGUAGCUAUAAUUAUGCAGUUGCAAGUUCCAAGUGUUA